AUUUAGAUUACAGGAAGCCUUGAUUGUAUUUAGCUUGAUUACAGAUUCCUCAGUACAGAUACCUGAGGAUAUAGCGCCUAGGACACUGGGUUUGAGAUCACACCUGAAGCUAUGAGGAUUUGGUGGCUCCUACUGGUGGCUGGAGUCAGCACAGAAGACCUCAUCUCACAGGACAGCUGCAGGCAGGGGCAUCCUGGCAUUCCUGGGAAUCCUGGGCACAAUGGAUUACCUGGAAGGGAUGGACGAGAUGGAGCAAAGGGUGACAAAGGCGACACAGGUGAAAUAGGACUUCCUGGGAACCCAGGAAAAGAUGGCAUAAAUGGAGAAAAAGGAGAACGAGGAGCAGAUGGAAAAGUUGAAGCAAAAGGGAAUAAAGGUGAACAAGGGCAGAGAGGAUGGCCUGGGAAAUACGGACCAAAAGGAUUUAUUGGUCCCAUGGGAGACAAAGGUGAAAAAGGAGAAAUCGGGCUACAAGGUCGAAAGGGAACUAAGGGUGAUAUGGGACCAAUUGGGCCAAAAGGGAUAAAGGGUGAAGUUGGACCACCUGGAGAGAUUGGUUUGCCUGGCCCUGUUGGUCCUAUUGGAAUGCCAGGCCCUGUAGGAGAUAUUGGUCCCAUGGGACCAAGAGGUGAGCCAGGAACCCAAGGAAUACGGGGCUGGAAAGGAGAUCGUGGAGAAAAAGGGAAAACUGGUGAUCCCCCAAUCUCACCAAAAAGUGCUUUUACUGUGGGUCUUACUGUGUUCACCAAAUUUCCCUCUUCAAAUUUGCCCAUUAAGUUUGAUAAAAUCAUUUAUAACAAACAGAAUCAUUAUAAUUCAACUAGUGGAAAAUUCACUUGUCAUUUUGAUGGAAUAUAUUACUUCACUUACCAUAUCACUGUUUUCUCCAGAAAUAUAAAUGUAUCCUUAGUUAAAAAUGGAGUCAAAGUGCUACAUACUAAAGAUGGCUAUCAUGGUAAUGAGGACCAGGCCUCUGGGGGUAUAAUCCUUGAACUGAAGCUUGGGGAUGAGGUGUGGAUGCAAGUGACUGGAGGAGAAAAGUUUAAUGGCUUGUUUGCUGAUGCAGAUGAUGACACAACAUUCACAGGCUUUCUUGUAGUUAGAGAUUAGUCAACUAGAAAAGCCUACAAGUGUAUGUGUUUCAAUGUUUGUUCUCUCAAGCCAAGAUUGCUCAUAUUUACUUCCUCAAAGUUUGGCUGCCUUUAAAUGUUUCUGUUUAUAUUAUUGCAUUCAUUGUGUAUGUUGUUCUCCUGGUUCUGCUUCCUUCUAUCUCCAUUCACAAACAUCUAUGCAAGAUUCUCUGAAUUCCUAAUAGUCAUUGACUCUUGUAGCACAACAGUAUUCCAUUACAACCAUAUGCCACAAUUUUUUCAGAACCAUUUCUUGAUCUAUAGGCACCUUCUUUGUUUCCAGCUUUUUUACUACAUAGUACUGAUGUUUGUAAUCUGCACCAGUAUGUGUGAAGAGGCAAAACCAGGAGGCUAAUUCUUAGAAUGGUCAUAACUUUCAAUUACUUUUUUCCAAGAAUAAAUUUAGAAUCCUGCACAA